AUACCUCUCCAACUCAUAGCUGGCUUUAUAAAGUCACCACUGUCUCAAAAGAAACUGACCGAGGACAGUGUGGAAUUGCACUGCGAGGCUCUUGGCAAUCCUAUCCCUGAGAUCCAAUGGUGGUUUGAGGGAGAUGAGUGGAACGAGACCUAUGCUCAGCUCUGGGAUGGCGCACGGCAGGACCGUGUCAAAAUCAACGCCACCUAUAACCUGCACUCUACCAGCACCAUCUACAUCGCAAACCUCACUAUCAACGACUCGGGCACAUAUGAGUGCCGGGCUAGCAACGACCCCGACCGCAACCACUUGUCGAAGAGCCCCAAAGUCAAGUGGAUCCGUUCCCAGGCGAACGUUUUUGUCAUCGAACAUCCCACUGUAGAAACCUCCCCAAAUGUGACUUCUGGCUUGGAUGUUGUGAUUUCCUGUAACAUGACCAACCCUCAGUCUCUGAUCAUGGGCCGUAUGUGGAAGAAAGGAGACAAGAUCUUGACAUCAGAUAAGGAAACGUCUGGAUAUACCUUCUACAAAAUAGGGGAGGUGAAUGCAGACAGCUCAGGGGUGUACGAGUGUGUCUUCGAAACAAACCCCCCUGUGAGUAGGACUGUGUACGUGACAGUUAAGCCACACGUGACGGCCUACAAGAAAUCCGAGCAUGGGAACGAGGGGGACACUGGUAUUCUGAUCUGCAAGUGUAACUCAUAUCCUCCUGUUAGUCAGUGGACCUGGUACAAGAUCCAAGACGGUGUGAAUGAGCCCAUCAUCAAUGGCACAGAGCAGUUCAUCAUGAAGUCCAGCGGGAACAAGACGGAGCUGCGCGUUGCUACCCUGGACAUCGAGAAGGACCCGGGCGAGUACCUCUGCAACGCCACCAACGACUUGGGCACCGAUGGCGCCGUCGUGGGCCUGCGGGUUCGUAGCCGCCUGGCAGCGCUCUGGCCCUUCCUGGGCAUUGUGGCCGAGGUGCUGGUUCUUGUCACCAUCAUCUUCAUCUAUGAGAAAAGGAGAAAGCCGGAUGAGGUUCUUGAUGAUGAUGAUGGAGGGUCUGCACCACUGAAAAGCAACGCCCCAAACCACAAGGACAAGAACGUCCGCCAGAGAAACGCUAACUAGGAGCGGGCGGUCAGGUGACGUGUAGCUGAGAAGAUCACCUGGAUGUUUUGUUUUGCAAAGUAACACUAAGAAUAUCCUAGGGCGUCCUUGCAAUUCAGUUACUUCACUUUUUAAAGAAACAGACUUAAGUUGUAGCUUCUAAAAUACACACUUUUUUUAAAAAAGAGCAGUGGGAGGGUUUUUCUACCUGUAAACUUUAGCCCCUUUGUUGCUGGUAGUCUUUGGUCACUGGCGGUCUUUUUUUUUGUCCUAGAUCUCAGUGUUGGUGCAGGGAGGGCGAGGUGGGAGUGUGACUUGUGUGGUGUCUUGCUGACUUUAUGCAGUGUGUAAAAUUAAUCUGGAGAGAAGGUGGUGUGGACGGGAGGGAUUGGAGUGUGUCUGCAGACACUGCGCUUCCCCGGAGUCAAAGUGCAUCUGCCCACCUUCCCUGAUUUCUGGUCGGAGGCCCUGCAGGGAGCUAAAGAGAGAACUGACGUCUCCAUGUAGGUGAACAUGUAGGUGAGCGUGAACCUUGGAUGCAGUCCGCGUGCCGUGUCUUCCCAGGAGCCCUGUCAUCCUGCCCUGCUUUGUGCAUGUCAGGGAGAAACUGUUUCAAUGACCUUUCAGAGGAGACCUGAUCCAACCCAAAGGGGUGGGAAGCCAGUUAUGCACUAGCUAUAAGAGAUACUUUACAGAGCUAGGAUUGGGUGGUGUAUGUGCUCCCUCUCAGGAGCACCUCUCUGUGGCACCAAAGGGGGUGUCUGGCUCCUGGGAAAUCCUCUGAUAUUUGCAGGAACCUCCCUCCCCCUUUCCUGCAAUUGAUCAAUGCCAUAGCUAUUCUCACAGGCUUCCUGUCCCAUUGUCUCUCAGCAGGGCUGCUUUAUUUACCCUCUUAAACAACAAAGACAACUUAGGGGGUAGCUUUUAAAGCUGGAAACUGAGCAAAUGUGACUAGUUAACUUAUUUCACACUGUUUUGUUAGUCUCUUUUUAAAUGUCUCUACACUGGGGGGGGGAGGCGGGGCUGAAUCUUGGAGUGAUUGCAGGGCUCAUGUUCAGAUCUGCCAGGGAGCAGAUUCACUGCAUGUUUCCUUGUGCUCGAGCCAUCUCAGUGUUUCUCCGACUAGGCGCCUGCGAGCGGACGAACGCACCACACAGUCUGUAUUCAUCACCUAUGUUGUUGGGUUAGCAUUGAAAUAUUCCGUCUGUUAUCAAACUUCACAAAUAAAGAUAAUUCCUUUUUCUGUU